GUGCACGAAAUUCAUCCCGCGUUCUACCGCGCCAGUAGGGCGCCGCGUCCUUUUCAGUGAUACAAAGGUGUAGUUUUCGCACACAACAAAUAAGAUGUUGCGCGACGUGCUUUCGGCCACCGAUGCCGCUAGUAUCCUCACCGGCGCAGGAAAGGCCAGCUCGAGCAGAACGCCACUCAGCCACACUGGAACCGAAGAACCGCGUGCGCAACCUUCAGCAGCAUUCCCGACCAACAGCGGCAGAAGAAACGCAAGGACGAGUUUCUUCUCUUUUGGCUCACUUUUGAAGUUUUUCGCCCCUUCCGAGCCUCCACCGCUAGAAAAUUUCCCGGACCCCAAAGUCGCGGGGUUUAAGGCAAACGGGAAAAAGUGCCGGUGUAAUGGGAGUCCGGGCGGAGACAGACCCCUCGGCCCGCCGCCGGUUUUUAAAUCGAAAGAGGAAAAAGACGGCACGAUUGACGAGGCAAACCGGGCCGUGAAUAUAUCAAAUGCAAAAAUGUCUGGGUCUGGAAACUUGUGAUGCUGGGUGGCGUAUCAUGAGGAGGCCACAAGUGCUCGCUCAGCAUGACAAGUUUCUGAGCUUCUAGAUGUUGCCUAUUCUGCAGGACAAACUGCGUUUCUACAUGACAGAAAAAUGGCGGUCUUGGGUAACGUGCAUGACAGAUUUGAGAGUCAUGCCAGACAAGCAUGACAAACAUGCACUCUUCCAGACCCAGACAUUUUUACACUUGAUAGAAUAUGGCGCACACGUAUUUUCAGGGCGCCGUGCACAAGUAUGAUACAAAGAGGAUUGGACUGCUGAAGCAACUUGAAAGGUACGUUUUUCGGUUAUCUGUUGUCAUGCAGAUGGAAACGCGUCGUAUCACCGCGGAUGUGUUUAUAGAAUUUCCCGUGCUCCCUUCCACCAGCAGCUUCCUCCCUCGUAGUCAAAGAAAAGAAAAAUUUCCACAGGUACACCCGGGCCCAGCAUCAGCUCGAAGAUUCCCUCCGGGGGCUGCUUUCUGGGUUCCGAAACCAGGCCAGCUUGAACCGGCGGUAUGACAUGGUUUUGCCGGAGAAAGCGAUGGUAAGAAAAGCCGUGAAAAUCUACAACAGACGCGUAGUUCCCGCAGCCUGUCAGAUCGGCCUGACCGUUCCCUUGCAUGCUGCUGACACGUUUGAAUAAAAGUAGAAAACAACAAGUUGCUUGGCGGGCAGCAUUACUACUACUGUGCUUUUUAUGAAAAGAAAAAGAAGUAAGUACGUGAAGAUUGACUUUACUUUCCUACCGCACA